AUGUUGACUACCCUGGUUGGUGGUGCAAGGCGGUUUUACUCUGAAAAGCCGGGUGCCAAAACAGAGAAAGCCAAGACUGACAAAGAUGGCUUCCCUAUAUCCGAAUCGGAGUCAAUUUUCAAUAGAUAUACAGGAUUUUUCUUUGGCACUGUUAUUGCUGUCAUUGGUUAUCGGUACUUUAACUCUCAAUAUAAAGCCUCUCACAAUGGAGAACCUAUUCUUUCUGUGAUCAAGAAAGGUAGCACUUUGGAAGACUUGAAGGCCAAUUAUAAGAGCUAUAGAGAGAGAGUUGCAAAAAGAGAAGAGCUACACUCUAUGAUGGCAGACACAAAGGUCAAAGAUUCCAAUAACGUGGUUACAAGUAUAACUGAAGUGCCAGGGAAAGUUCAAUGCUUUAGUGGUAACGGACAGUUCAACACCAUUCAGGAUUGGACUGUCGUUGGACCAAGAAAACAGAAGGAAAAUCCAUUCCGUUGA